UCUACUCUGCGGUGGGAAGUGACAUGCCAUCAAAAGGAAAAAUAAAAGGACAAAGAGCUAAGUAAUAACUAUGUGGCAGCAAGAACACAGGGAAAUUAAUGAAAAUGAACCAAGUUCCUGAGUGAUGAGAUAUUGAUAGUUACCAGCCCUUCAGGAUGCUGCAUGUUAGUGACUUGCCUCCUCCUCGGCGACAUUCGUGGAUAUGCUUUGAUGUGGAAAAUGGCCCUUCCCCAGGUCGGAGCCCUCUGGAUCCCCAGGCCAGCUCUUCCUCAGGGCUGGUGCUUCAUGCCACCUUUCCCGGACACAGCCAGCGCAGAGAGUCCUUUCUCUACAGAUCAGACAGCGACUAUGAUUUGUCACCAAAGGCGAUGUCGAGAAACUCUUCACUUCCAAGCGAGCAACAUGGCGAUGACUUGAUUGUUACUCCAUUUGCCCAGGUCCUUGCCAGCUUGCGAAGUGUGAGAAACAACUUCACUCUAUUGACAAACCUUCAUGGAACAUCCAACAAGAGGUCCCCAGCUACUAGUCAGCCUCCUGUCUCCAGAGUGAACCCACAAGAAGAAUCUUAUCAAAAAUUAGCAAUGGAAACGCUGGAGGAAUUAGACUGGUGUUUAGACCAGCUAGAGACCAUUCAGACCUACCGCUCUGUCAGUGAGAUGGCUUCUAACAAGUUCAAAAGAAGGCUGAACCGGGAACUGACACACCUCUCGGAAAUGAGCCGGUCAGGGAACCAGGUGUCUGAGUACAUUUCAAACACGUUCUUAGACAAGCAGAAUGAUGUGGAGAUCCCAUCUCCCACUCAGAAAGACAGGGAGAAAAAGAAGAAGCAACAGCUCAUGACACAAAUAAGCGGAGUGAAAAAACUGAUGCACAGUUCAAGUUUAAACAACACAAGUAUCUCACGCUUUGGAGUCAACACAGAAAAUGAAGAUCACCUGGCCAAGGAGCUGGAAGACCUGAAUAAAUGGGGCCUUAACAUCUUCAAUGUGGCUGGAUAUUCACACAAUAGGCCCCUAACAUGCAUCAUGUAUGCUAUAUUCCAGGAAAGAGACCUCCUGAAGACAUUCAAAAUUUCAUCUGACACAUUUGUAACCUACAUGAUGACUUUAGAAGACCAUUACCAUUCUGACGUGGCAUACCAUAACAGCCUACAUGCUGCCGAUGUAGCCCAGUCAACCCAUGUUCUCCUUUCUACACCAGCAUUAGAUGCUGUCUUCACAGAUUUGGAAAUUCUGGCUGCCAUUUUUGCAGCUGCCAUCCAUGACGUGGAUCAUCCUGGAGUCUCCAAUCAGUUUCUCAUCAACACAAAUUCAGAACUUGCUCUGAUGUAUAAUGAUGAAUCUGUGUUGGAAAACCAUCACCUUGCUGUGGGUUUCAAACUGCUACAAGAAGAACACUGUGACAUCUUCCAGAAUCUUACCAAGAAGCAACGCCAGACUCUUAGAAAAAUGGUCAUUGACAUGGUCUUAGCAACGGAUAUGUCCAAACAUAUGAGCCUGCUCGCAGACCUUAAGACAAUGGUCGAAACGAAAAAAGUUACAAGUUCAGGCGUUCUUCUUCUGGACAACUACACUGAUCGUAUACAGGUACUUCGCAACAUGGUACACUGUGCCGACCUGAGCAACCCCACCAAGUCCUUGGAAUUGUAUCGGCAAUGGACAGACCGCAUCAUGGAGGAAUUCUUCCAGCAAGGAGACAAAGAACGGGAGAGAGGGAUGGAGAUUAGCCCAAUGUGCGAUAAACAUACAGCCUCUGUGGAAAAAUCCCAGGUUGGUUUCAUUGACUACAUCGUCCAUCCAUUGUGGGAGACCUGGGCAGAUCUGGUACAGCCUGAUGCUCAGGACAUUCUGGACACAUUAGAAGAUAAUAGGAACUGGUAUCAGAGCAUGAUACCCCAGAGUCCCUCCCCACCGCUGGAUGAGCAGAACAGAGACUGCCAGGGUCUGAUGGAGAAGUUUCAGUUCGAACUGACCCUUGAAGAGGAAGAUUCCGAAGGACAUGAGAAGGAGGGUGAGGGCCAUAGCUAUUUCAGCAGCACGAAGACACUAUGUGUGAUAGAUCCAGAAAAUAGAGAUUCACUGGGAGACACUGACGUGGACAUUGCAACAGAAGACAAGUCCCCGGUCGACACAUAAUCUCUCCGCGUGGAGAGGAACAUUCCACCCUUGACAAGCAUGCCAGCUGUGUGGUAGGGCCAACCCACCAUGGGGGCCAAGGCCUACACGGGACAAAGGCCAGCUGGCCUUUCCAGUUACUUGAGUUUGGAGGCACAAUGAAAGACCAUGAAGCAAACAGCCGCUCAGGAAAUUCCUCGGUCGACUUGCCUUGCUUGCAGGCGUGGCGAAGAGCUGAAGCUUUACGUGGUACUGAAGACCAGUCCUUACCAUGACUAAAUGGCUUGAAAAUGGAAGAUGCAAAAUGGAGAGAUCGUUCUGCGCUAACUUUUGGGACACCAAAGUCCCCGCUAGUGACUGAACUUACUAACGACUUCAUUUAUGAAUCUGCUCACCUUGUCCCCUUGUCUGCCAACCUGUGUGCCUUUUUUGUAAAGCAUUUUCACGUCUUUCAAAUGCCUGUUGAAUACCUAGAGUUUAGUAUCAACUUCUACACAGAUAAGCAUUCAAAGUUGACAUAAUCUUUUUUGACUCUUUCUGGGAAAAAAAAAAAAAGGAAAGAAAACGGUCUUCCUUCUUUCUAGGGCAAUAUCUUUCACUUUACUGCAGUUACUUUUGCAAACAGACAGAAAGGAUACACUUCUAACCACAUCUGACUUCCUUUCCUUGUUGUCUGUUCCAGCUCCACAGCUGCCCUGACCACUUAUCUCUGUCUGCCUGCUUUGAACAGCAUUUUUUCUCCACUAGGGUUUCACUUUUUUGCUGUAAAAAGAAUAAAGUCGAACACACUAGGGGGUAGGAAGUGGUAGUUGUGUUGUUCACCAUAACAAUCUGCAUAAACUCAGCAUCUAAGGCAGUGUGCCUGCUGUGUCCGGGACCCCCCUCUGCCACCGGGAGUUGCACGGUGCCCUGUCCUGGUCGUUGCCUCUUCUCUGCACCCAGUUAUGCUGUUUUCAAUCUAAUGCUGCCUUCUUUCUCUUGCACUGCCUUCCUUGCUAACACCUCCAUUCCUGUUUAUAACCAUGUAUUUAUUACUUAAUGUAUAUAAUGUAAUGUUUUGUAAGUUAUUAAUUUAUAUAUAUCUAACAUUGCCUGCCAACGGUGGUGUUAAAUUUGUGUAGAAAACUCUGCCUAAGAGUUGCGACUUUUUCUUGUAACGUUUUGUAUUGUGUAUUAUAUAACCCGAACAUCACUUGAGAGAAACAUACAGCCCCCUCAGCAGUGAGGACAGGAGUGGGGUGGGGGGCUUUAUCGUAGGGUCUGCCCCUUUCCCUAUCUGAGUUGCUAAUACUGCACAACCCCUUGAUGAACCAGUUUUGCAAACAAGAUUCUCACCUUAGAUACUAAAUGGUUUAUACUGAGCUUUUACUUUUGUAUAGUUUGAUAAGGGUAGGGGGCCGGGGAGGUAGUUUUUACCCAUGUUCUAUCCAAAUCUAUGUAUGCAUGGGUUGGGUGUCACUGGGUUCUACUAUAAUUGUGGCUUUGGUUCCAAAAGAAACACUACAUUUGCUCCCAGAUGAUUCUUCUGCGUAUUCCCAAACUACCGACUUUGAAGAGCUAGCCUCCUGCCUGCCAGUAAGCAGGACUGUCAAGUUCCAAUUUAUUACAAAAGAAAACAAUAAAACAAUGUGAAUUUCUAUAAUGUGAACCGAUGUAGUAAAUUAUGCAAAUGUGAAGCUUCCUCUCAUAACACUUGUUAGGCCCCUUCCCGGGGUCAGUUUCAGUUUGUAAAAUGUGUUUCAUGCUUUCAGUUCAGCAUUGUGACUCAAUAGUUAAAGAAAAUGGCACAAAUGUGCAUGACCAAUGGGUAUGUAUGUCUAUGAACACUGCAUUGUUUCAGGUGGACAUUUUAUUGUUUCAAAAGUUUCUCACAGUGUAUGUUAUAAUAUUAUUAUAUAUUGUGCUCCAAUGCAUUCUUCAGAGACUUUUAUAUGAGGUGAAUAAACAACAGCAUGAUUAGCUUA